UUCAUUCAUUCAUUUUUUUUUUAAAAACCACCCCCACCCUCACUCCUCCUCCCCACUCUUCAUUCUCUGAGGUGGUGAGGCCGGGUGAAAAAGCCAUGGAAGUUACUCUCCCUGCCGCGGGUUUCCUGUACUGGGUGGGCGCCGGCACCGUGGCCUACCUGGCGCUGCGCGUCUCGUGCUCGCUCUUCUCGGCCCUGCGGCUCUGGGCUCUGGACCACGAGGCGGGGAUCGGACCCAAGCUCGGAGAAUGGGCAGUUGUCACAGGUAGUACUGAUGGAAUUGGAAAAUCAUAUGCAGAGGAGUUGGCAAAAUGCGGGAUGAAGGUUGUCCUCAUCAGCAGAUCGCAGGAGAAACUGAACCAGGUUUCCAGUGAAAUAAGAGAGAAAUUCAAAGUGGAGACGAAAACCAUUUCUGUUGAUUUUUCAUCAGAAGAUAUUUACGAUAAAAUUAAGACAAGUUUGGCGGGUCUUAACAUCGGUGUUUUAGUGAACAACGUCGGGAUGUCUUAUGAAUAUCCUGAAUACUUUCUGGAGAUUCCCGAACUGGAUCGUACCAUCAAGAACCUGAUAAAUAUUAAUAUUCUUUCUGUUUGUAAGAUGACACAGUUGGUGCUGCCUGGCAUGGUGGAAAGAUCGAAGGGUGUGAUUAUGAACAUUUCCUCUGCCAGUGGCAUGUACCCUGUCCCAAUGCUGACCAUCUACUCUGCAACCAAGGCUUUUGUCGAUUUCUUCUCUCAGUGCCUCCAUGAAGAGUAUAAGAACAAGGGUAUCUAUGUGCAGAGCGUCCUGCCUUUCUACGUGGCCACAAAACUGGCGAAAAUCCGAAAACCCACUUUGGAUAAGCCUUCUUCCGGAACGUACGUGAAGUCUGCAAUGAAGACGGUGGGCCUGCAGUCCCGGACCAACGGCUACCCGAUCCACUCCCUCAUGGGGGCCGUGAUAUCCAUGCUGCCUUCCUGGCUGUAUUACAAAAUAACCAUGGAUAUGAACAAGUCUGUGAAAGCCCGCUAUCUGAAGAAAAGCAAGAAGAACUGAGCUGCCAUCGCAGCACGGAGGCAUGUGACCAGAUGCUUCCACCGGCCCCUGCCCCUCCCCCCCGCCCUACCCCACCCCCACCCCAGUCUCCAUCACUGUCACGCAUUUUCAUAGUUACUAAUAAGGCCGAACGUUGUCAGAAUGAGCAGGAACGCAGGGGUUCUUUUCAGGUGCUUCCCACACAUGCUCUGGAGUUACUUUGAAGUUUGAUUGGGCUGAGUGAAAUGGCUCUAAGAGCUUGAUGGGAAGCAGGAGCAGCUUGGUAGAAGGGGACAGGAUUCUCGCAAACCGUCAGAGGGAAGGGUCUUGACACUGGGACGAACCGUUCCAGCUGCCCCGCAGGCCAAAGGAGCAUCAUCUCUAAGGAAACUUAGCAGAGUGACAUCCAGCCACUCUUCUUCGGGACCCUUUGAGGAGGUUGAUUCUCCUGGGUCAGGGUCAGCUGCCGUUUGCGAGCUCUCGGCCAGGGUGUCUAUACCCGCAUCCCAGCUUGUACAUUAUAGACGUCUCUUUCUCCGUGGUAGCUGGGGAUGUAAACACGAUUUCUGAAAUGCGGGGCGGGAUUUUCAUGCACAAGGUAAAACAUACUUUUCUUUAUGCGUGUUUCUUUUUCAUUUAUAUGUGUGUAACUCAGGCUGGAGCAAUAGUACAGUGGCAGGGCGCUUGCCUUGCAGAUCCAGGCUUAAUUCCCCAGGACCCCCUACGGUCCGCCCCGCCUCCCAAGAGUGAUCCCUGGCCGCAGCACCAGGAGUAAGUCCUGAGCAUCGCUGGGUGUGACCCAAAACCAAAUAAAGAAAUGUCUACAGCUUUGGAAAGCCUAACUGGUGUGAUUGGUGGAAGUCCAUGGACCAAGUCUGCCUUGAGCCAAGUAGCCACAUGUGAUCCCAUGAACAUCCUGUCCCAGCAAAGUGGUCUGUAUAGCAACCUUUCAUUUCAUCCCACGCCAGGACAGCAGCGAGGAGUCAUUCUCCACUCCAGUCUGUGCUCUCUGCACCCCACUAGGAUUUGUUUUAAGAAAACAUCAUCUAGCCAUGAUGUUGACUGAAAAUAUAAUUCCUUGGUGCUUGAAAUUAAAGCCAUUUUUGUUUUUUA